AUGGAUUGUUGCAACGUCGUGAUGAGUCAUGACUCGCACGUCCAAACAUCUACCAAACCCUCCACUCCUAAAACAACUUUGAAAACUCCCAACAAAUAUAAGCCUACUAACUUAUUCAUUCCGAGCGUUCUUCAAUCUCCUUCAGCAGCAACAAGCAAUAACUUCUAUAACAGUCAUCACCAUCAUGGCUCGUCGCUGAAUGGUUCAAUGACCUCUCUCGUUCUUUCUAACAAGAAUGACGGCAACCUCACCCUGUACGGAAGUCGUUCUGCCGAGUGCUAUGGCCACCAUGAUCCAAUCCAUGAAAACAACACAAGACAAGUUUCCCGAAAUUCCUCUCUUUCUUCGUUGGCACCAUCACCUGACAAUCCUUCCUCCGCCUUAUUGAGUGGUUCUAUUGCCUUCCACCACCACGAGUAUGGUACCGAAGAGAAUGCAGCACACUCAUCACUCAAUCCAUCAUCGUGGUCAUCAUCAUCAUGCGAUAAUGAUUUGUAUCAAUCCCUUGGAUUUGAAUUGGUGAAAGCAAAUAUUGGAAAAGGUGUGACCUCUCAUGUGAAUUUAGUUAGAAAGUUGAACCAUUCGGAGAGGUCUUUCACUGAGGAUCAGCACACAGAACGUGCAUCUUCAAACACGGAUGAACCUUUCGAAUCAUUCACCUCUUUGAGAAGAGAUGCCACUCCAGACAAUGAUGAACAAGAUUCUAUCGUGUCACCACAAAGCAAUACCACUGCUCACUCUUUUGAUUCUCUUUCCAAUUCACCCGAUGAAGAACAUGAAACGAGUGUGGAUGAUAGUAUUUUCUUCGCAGAGAAGGUUAUUAACUUCUCAAAUGUGCCUUAUGAGCGUGGUAUGGCAAUCAGCAAUGACGAAAAUCACUCAUUCAAUGAUAUUGAGAGAGAGGAGAGAUGUCUCAUGAAAUGCAAGUCCUCUCCUCACAUUGUUCAAUUGCACCAAUCCAUUCGAACCAACCAACAUCAACAUCGAUUCUUUCUCGAGUACAUUGAUGGCAGCACUCUUGCCAACAUUAUUAAGCAAAAACAAGCAGCAAUUCAUGCGAACGACAGGUGCGAGACAAAACCAAUCAUGACCGAGUAUGAACUCUCACUUGUUGCUCAACAAUUGUUGAGAGCACUCAUUUUCCUUAAACAACAAGGAAUUUUGCACAGAGACAUUAAAUCUGAGAACGUCAUGAUUACACGCAAAGGUUGUGUCAAGCUCAUUGAUCUGGGAUUGGCCACCGAAAAGAAUCUCCUAAUGGAUGGAGCAGCAUCGACAGGUGUUGUGGAAACAUACUCGUCGUUGCGUGACAAUGAAGCGGCAUUUAGUAGCAACGAAGUCAUCACUAAGGGAACUUAUUGCUACAUGUGCCCCCAUAAAUUACUCACAGGAUCAGAAAGUUUCACCUCAGAUUUGUACAGUUUCGGUAUGACCUUGUUGGAAUUAUUCACUGGUAAAUUGCCAUUCGAUUUUGUUGACAAUACGAAUGAGCCACCUUGCUCAUCAAGCAAUCAUCGUGAUAUUUUGUUUCCUUUGGCUGACAUUGUUGCGUUUGAUGUAAAGGAGUAUUGUGCCGAGCUUGUUUUGAAGGGUAUAAUGAGUGAAGAGUUGUGUGAUUUUUUGUGUUCAUGCAUGCAGAAAGAUAUUCAUUCGAGAAGUGACUGCCACUCAUUAUUGAGCCAUCCAUUCUUUGCCAAUACGAGCUCAUUAAGCCAUGAGGAAAUUUGUUCCAAGCUGGGAUCGGCUAUGAAUCAUCAUUGGUCACACCAUCCAUAA